UGGUUUGAGGUGUUCCGUGACGGAAGCUGAUUUACCCAUGCACAAAGAUUUAUUAAUGUAAGCUCUUGAAAACGAGCUCUGUGAUAGUGUCUCGAAAACUUAUUAAACUAAAAACAAACAAACAAAAAAGAAAAACAGGGUUAUAAUUCGAGGAGCAGAACCGUGUCGCUGUUUUUUACGACUACUUACACGCGGUGUGUUUAGCUAUUAAACACGAGUCACAUUCCUCGCUUAGCUGGAAAAUAAACAAACGCAAUGCUAACGGCUAAUGGACUGUAGAUAACGAGCAACGCGGCGAGAGCCAGCCUCAAGAUUAUGAAGAAGAUUGGUUAUGAAGACUGAUUCAGACUGAAGAGAAACUAUGGAGCUGUACUGGUACAUAGUUGUCAUAAUAUUUAUUAUGAUAAAGAUCUUCUUCUACGUUUGCUGGUACCGCUCAAGACAGAGGCAGCUGGCAGCAUAUCUCAGCAAUCCACGCAAUGCCCAGAUUGUUAUUGUCGGAGGAAGAGCAUACCUGCAUCAGAUGUGCGAGAACCAAAACAGAUCAAUUUGGCCAAAUUGGUAUGGCGUUCAGGAUGACGGCUCUGUAGGUGAGCCAUCUGUUUCUCUUCCUCCAUCUUCAUCUCUCUCUCAUCUGGACCUGCCCCCUCCAUACGAGACGGUUUCUGGAGCGGAUGACUUGAAGCCUCCUCCGUACAGCGAGUUUGCUCAGAAUGAUGACACAGAUACGUCUCAGAGCAUCGCAAUCCCAGAGGGCAACAAUUCGAGCAUCAGCGAUGACCCGCCUCCAUACAGCCCCACUGCCAAUCAGCACACCAGCGUCCAGUGCCAAGUGGAGCCUGAGGAAAGAUCCAGCUAGUCCCUUCCAAUGUCAUUUCUUAAUUUUGUUCACAGCAAGGGCUGUUAUUCUUCAUGCAAUUGCUCAACGUAUAGUUAGGGACUCAUUUUAUGUCAGUUUUACUCUUAAAUAAAAGGUGCAUGAGGUGGAUUCUAGACAUCCUAAGAGAUUAAGGGAGCUGGCUGGUUAGGGAUAGAGUGGCCUAAUGUUCUAAACAGAUAAUAUGGUGAGCUGCUCUUGUGUUAAUGGGUGCUUUAAGCUCACUCAUGCCUUAUUUUGAUUUCUUCUUGUAUAACCAGCAUCAUAACACAUUUAUAUACCAUCUUUUCUAGACAAUAAAUUGCACCAGGUACAAGUUUUAAUUCUAUCUACUUAGAGCAAACUUUCAUAUACUUUGUUUUAUAAGUCACUGUAAUGUAAUGUAUCCAUCAUCUUAUUUUACAUACUGUAUGUUCUGCUCCUAAAACAGCACUUAAGCGCAGCCUAGUAGUAUAUUAUUGUUUUUGCUACUGAAUAUGUCCUUAAACAUUUUCUUUUACUUUUAGACUGAAACCUCCUUAUUUACUUAAUAUGGAGCUUUUUUGGCGUGGAAACAUCGAGGUGAUACUAGUGUGAUUUCCAAUAACCGUCCUCUCGCAAAUGAAAUAGAACACCUACCGCGAGACAAACCCAUCACAAGUUACAGCAUCUUCUACCCAUGCUAAUGCCUGGAAAAUCUGGUUACACACAAGUGCACAGACCCCUCUGCAGUGAUCUUGCAUUGAUUUUUAUAAAAUUUAAUGACUUCUUCAGUACAGGGGUGGACAAAUGAUCUAUUCCUUAGCCAGCCCUCAUGUUAAGUGGAAACUCCAGAUUAUUGCCCAGAUUCCUAGCACAGUUAGGAAGUUUAUUAAUCUCAGGAAUAGAGAAUAAGGAAACGAAAAAUGCAUAUGACCCAGGUAGUCUUUAUCAUCACCUAAUAAAAUUGUAACAUACAUAAAGUUGAACGUUUCCUACAUAUGUAUUUUCAGCAAAUCACAGUAUAAAUAUUACCCAUGGCUUUUGGUUAGCUUUUUUUGUGCUAGCAGAAGGUUAGUUAUACGACAGCUUUGCACUAGAGUGUAGAUUGCUUUGUUUCAUCAGUGUUUCAGCAUACUGUAGCGCAAAAAAAAAAAAAUUCUUUUGUAAUUUGUAAUCCACCUACUAGAAAAAAAGGACAUUUCUCACCAUCCAAAUUGCUACUCUGCGAAUGUGUGGAGUGCAGCAUGCUGUGGGAUUUCAAGCAUGUGCUAUAGUUACAGCAGUGAAGUUUGUCAUAUGAUUACGUAGCUGUUAAUCAUCCACACCAAACUAAAAGUAAGAAGUACAAUUUUUUUUUUUAAAGCCUGGACAUAAAAACUCGCUCGUCGCUGGCUCCUAAUUUGUCCACCCCUGUUGUGUAGUCAUCAGUUAAGUGUACAUAAGUGUGUAGAUUGAUCAGUGCCAUGUUAGAACCCAAUUUUUCAAAUGUAGAUGUGUUAAGAAACAUUUGUUCUUGUCUCUAUAAAUGCCCAAAGGGACAGGAUUCUGUGCAGAGGUUUAACCUCAUGUUUAUGCAUAACCUCGCUUUGUAUGUGAUGACAAUUUCUAAAAAAAAAAAAAAAAAAAAAAAGAAUCCCCAAGCACUUUUAUGUCUUGUAAUUGCCUUACUUCUGUCUGUGUGUACUGUAAGUAGGCAUGUGCCGAUAAUAGGGUGUACAGUAUAGCUAAAUAUUCAAGUUAAUGUUUUCAUGGACCCUUAAAGCUAUUAUAACCAUCCUUGCAUUACAUUCAUGAGGAAUUAACCUUGUCUCAUUCAGUAUGAUGGUUCAUUUCUUUUGCAUUCUUCAUAUCAUGAAUGAGACAUGUUUUCUUUUCGGUUUAAAUGCUGCUAUGCUUGUGAGAACUGGUCCAGAUAAGCAUUUUAUUUUCUUAACUUGAUAUGAUGUUAUUGUAACCAUGAAUAAAUCUUUCACUUAUUGUGAUAUGACAAUGUAAUAUCGGCACACGCCUAUUUGUAUGUGGCGAAUUAAUUAAUCAAAUGAAUUAAUUGUCGGAGUCCACGUGGCAAUGAUGACGUGUGUAAAUGCGGAGAGUAUAACCGCCAUACUCUUUGGCUUAUCAGGUGACCGUAAUGAUUUUAUGCAUUUACGCCACACAGUAAUGAACCUGCCUUCUUUGAUUUAUUUCAGUAUGUGUGUUUGGUAGUUGACCUUCCUGUCAAUGUUAAUGUGUUUUGAAAGAAUGUAUGACUGUGCAGUUGUCAAAUGUAUCAGGUUAACAUGUACCUACUGGCCAAUUUAUUAGACACACCUUCCUUAUUGGCUGCACUAGUGCCACAAAAACCACAGUGUAAGUGUCACUACUGAGUUGGGACUAAACCACAACACAAAUAUCUGUUAAGCAGUGAUUCUUUGAAGGUCCUUUUUCACUCAUUGACAGUGUAUAGAGAGACUAACAUUGUACAGAGCAACAGAUGGGUUAGUCAGUAUUUAAAGAACUGUAAAAUGGCCUGUAUGGUUGGUGAAUCUGUUAAAUGGUCAGUAAGUAGAUACCAUGUAAUAAACUGGCAACUUGGUGUAAAGGGAUCAAUACUUUUUAUUAUUAAAGCAUCUUGGUAAAAGAA